AAAAUUGAUAAUACCAAGAAUUUUCCAACGGAAAUUGUUUCUCCCCGGCAGUUUCACAUCUCCAGGUAAUGGUUGACCUUGCAAACUCUGUGAAUGUCUCCUGGGUCUACCAAGGAAGAUUCCAGCCCCCAAAUUUCUAUUGUUCAAUAUUCUUCUUCACAAUGACAUCGAAAGUUCUCCUGGAUGAUUUGCAAAAUUGAAUAACUCCAAAAUUUCGUGCCGAGGGGCUCCCAAGUAUCCACUUCCGGCCCUGUUGCUCCCCUUCAGACCCGCGGCCGCCAUGUGAACUUGCUUCAUUCUCCCAGUGUCUGUGUUGGGCUGUGGGUGCGCGCGUGCCGCCUCUCUGGGGCCCGUUUGGUGUUGUCCGUCAUGAGUCAGAGAAAACCCAUGGUCGCGACGGGUUUCGUAAUGAAUUUUCCCUCUCGAUAGAGUACAAAAAAACAAAAUAAAGUAAAACAUUCAAAGUAUCGUGUAUUUAUCGUGUUAAAAGCAACAAGAAUGGAUGAAAUAUCGACGACAGAGGUUGACCGGUUGUGCAGAAAACAUCCGCCGAAUGGACGAAUAUGGAUCUGAUUAUGUUCAAGCAUUGUCGUCAGUCAUAAGGAGUAUUUUUCACGGUUAUACCCCUUGCAUAUUACUCGGUACGGUGAAACAUUUGUGGUAUACAUUCACUAAAUAUCACCGGUGCAUUUUUUUUUCUCGUAUACGCUGAUCGAGAAACAUCGCUGUCGGUCAUUUUUCUCCCACUAUUGUUGUGGAUUCAUUUUUUUUGGCGUUUAUUGCAUCGGUACAGUCCGACGGUGAAUAAACUCCACGAAGAUAUUGUUUCCCGAUUGUUCCCGGGAAUUUAAAAGUAUUUCUGUGAUAUUGAAAAGAUAGAAGAUUGCACGAUGGAUCCUGGAAGGAAUAGGCAAAGCAGGCCACGUCUUCGUUCGCAUGGCAACUCGGCCCGAGUUCUUGUAUUUGAUCAGACUGAGAAUGAGGAUGGCAAUGGUAAUGGCGAAAAGAAGAAACAAUUGCCAGGAAAACUCGAGAGCAAAGAGGCACCCGUCCGUGCUGGCGGUACCAAUGAGUUAUCGAACUUGGUUAGGAUGAGGAAUUCUAUUGGAAAGUCUGCACCGUCCUUAUCUAUGCAUAUGCGGGAAUUUAAUAUUCCUCGCCGAGCAGCAAAGGCAGCUCAACGCAAGUCGUUCAUCGCUACAACAUCACCCACAUUACCACGAUGUCACUCACCAUUGUCAGCAUUUGUGCCCAUCGUAGGAAGUCCACUCGAGAGCCCAAGGAUGUCCUCAAGUCCUCACUUUGCUUUUGUCCCAAUAAAAAGAAUUGGAGGUGGAGCAUCGGGUACUGCCGAUGGAAGACGUUGGUCGGUAGCAAGUCUUCCUUCGAGUGGAUAUGGCACAACCCCAGGCUCCAGUAAUGUCUCAUCACAGUGCUCGAGCCAAGAACGAUUGCAUCAGUUGCCAAACAUUCCGACUAAGGACGAGCUUAGAAUACUUUCAUGUCAUUUUUCAAAACCUGGCACUCCGUGCUCGUCGCAUCCGGGUUUUCCAGGUUCCAGUAUCGCAAGUAUACCUGGCAGUAUAUCGUUCAGUCUUGAGGAGGAGGGCCGGAGGUCACCGUUACAUCGCCCAAGGUCACGAAGCUUAAGUAGUCCAAGUCGUUCACCAGUUCUCGACAAUGAAAUUGUGAUGAUGAAUACUCUUUACAAAGAACGUUUUCCCAAAGCAACACAACACAUGGAAGAGCGUCUGACAAAUUUUAUAAAUGAAAACAAGGAUAUUGAUGAGUACGAGAUUCUCUCUCACCUUGUUGGUGAUUGCCUGCCAAUAGUCCGAUUUGUUCAUCAUCAAAUCAUUGAAAUGGCUCGCGAUUGUUUGCAAAAAUCUCAGGAAAAAUUAAUAACAUCGCGCUAUUUCUAUGAAAUGACUGAGAGUCUUGAGCAUCUGCUGAUGGAGACCAAGGACAAGUCCCUGGAGGCAGCGACUCAACUUACAGGUUUGAUCAAGAAACUGUUACUUAUAAUUUCACGACCUGCGCGUCUCCUUGAGUGCCUGGAGUUCGAUCCUGAGGAGUUUUAUCAUCUCUUGGAGCAGGCAGAGGGCCAAGCAAAAAUAAACAGCGGAUUGAAAGCCGAUAUUCCUCAGUACAUCAUUAGUAAACUCUCCCUGAAUCGAGAUCCCAUAUCAGACCUCCAGGAUGAUCUGAAUAAGCUAGAGGACUCGGCAAGUUCCGCUUCCAGCAACAUCCAAAUGUCCUCCUCAAGCCCAAAUAAGGUAGACGAUGGAAAGUUUCAAAAGGUACCCUGCGAGAGUGACUACGAGGUCUUGAAACUAGUCAGCAAUGGUGCCUAUGGCGCAGUCUAUCUUGUCAAAGAGAAGAGCACUCGUCUGCGUUUUGCCAUGAAGAAGAUCAACAAAAAUAAUCUGAUGUUGAGGAAUCAAGUGGAUCAGGUGUUUGCAGAACGUGAUAUAAUGAGCUUCACUGAUAAUCCUUUUGUCGUAUCCAUGUACUGCAGUUUUGAAACCAAAAAACAUCUUUGUCUGGUCAUGGAAUACGUAGAGGGCGGUGAUUGUGCGAGUCUACUCAAGAAUAUUGGUCCACUUCCCCCGGAUAUGGCGAGAUUCUACUUCGCUGAAACUGUCCUGGCGGUUGAGUACCUCCACAGCUAUGGAAUCGUUCACAGGGACUUGAAACCAGAUAACCUUCUGAUCACUGCCCUCGGGCACAUCAAAUUGACCGACUUUGGACUGAGCAAGAUGGGUCUCAUGUCUCUUGCGACAAAUCUUUACGAGGGGUACAUCGAUCGUGACACUCGUCAAUUCUCAGAUAAACAAGUGUUCGGAACACCUGAAUACAUCGCACCCGAGGUCAUCCUCAGACAGGGAUAUGGAAAACCUGUGGACUGGUGGUCCAUGGGAAUCAUUCUAUAUGAAUUCCUCAUCGGUUGUGUUCCAUUCUUUGGGGACACUCCAGAGGAGCUGUUCGCCCACACCGUUAACGAUGAUAUUGAGUGGCCUGAUGAGGAGGACUGGCCUGUGCGGAUCGAAGCGAAGGACGUCAUCACUGCUCUUCUUCAGCAGAGUCCCAGAGAUCGAUUGGGCACUGGUGGGGCUCAUGAAGUCAAGGAACAUCCUUACUUCUACGGGGUCAACUGGAAUACACUGUUGAGGCAAAAGGCUGAGUUCGUUCCUCAGCUGACGCACGAUGAGGACACUAGUUAUUUCGAUACGAGGAUGGACAGAUAUAAUCAUGACCUUGGGGAGGAUACUGAUGACACUGAUGACUCACCAUUGUUCGGAAGUUUCUCGUCUUACUCGCCACAAUCGAGAAAGAUAUCUCAAACUAGGCCACCAAAUUUGGUGCACGAGAGUGAGCUAGAUUCGUCGAAAAAACAAUUGUUCAAGAGUGAUACUGAGAGAAAUGCUAACGAAUUGUCACCAAACUCAUCGAAUUCAUUCUCACCGCCUCUCAAGGCUCUUGAGAAGGACGGGCAGGAGAAGAAUCGAGCUUUAUUCACUGCCAAAAAUGUUACGCAUAAUGAUAGUCUUGAUAAGAGUGGAUGUGAUGUGUCUUGUGCUAAUAGUCCAGCCUCGUUGUUGAGCGGAGAGUCGAGGGGAACAAUUAAAAAUGCUGGGGGCGAUGCCGGAAUUGUUGGAAUGAGUACGCCUGAGUCUUCACAGACUGAAUCCGACGAUAUUAGCCCGCAGAUACAGAGGAAACGUCAUGUUCAUGCGCGUGACAAGCUGCCCAGGUUCAGUAUUUCCAUUGAUGGUGAUCACACGCUGGAUUUGGCAGCAGCAAAUAGAGAACUAGCUGACGAUAAACACAACUCCAGUACGGACUCCUACGAGUCAUUAAAUGCAACACCAUUACCACUUCAUGUUAAACAGAAGUCUCGUUCAGUCAUAAAAUCAGCAUCAACCAGUGGACUUUCGCUGGUUAUACCAACAAAUGAAUUCUCCUUCGAUCCAUCGAUGUGCCAAUCGAUAGAAUCACCAGGGGGCUCAUCGACGGCCUCUUCAAGAGAUACAUCUCCUUGUCGUGAAUUGAGUCCACUCGUUACGAGCUUAAAACCACCGAUUAUUAUCCGCAGGGGACCCAAUGGCUUUGGGUUUACAGUUCAUACCAUCAGGGUUUAUUAUGGAGACAGCGAUUUUUAUACUAUGCAUCAUUUAGUUAUGGCGGUGGAUCAAUCGAGUCCUGCAUUCGAAGCUGGUCUCAGGCCGGGUGAUUUAAUAACUCACAUUAAUGGCGAGCCAGUCCAAGGCCUUUAUCACACCCAGGUGCUUCAAUUGAUGCUCAGUGGUGGUGAUCACGUUACUCUACGUAGUACACCCCUCGAGAACACGAGUAUCAAGACUGGUGGUCGUAAGCGUGAGCCUGCACAGAGUAGAUUGGCUAAAAGAACAUUGCACAGGCAAAGAAAGCAGAAACGCGAUCAUUCAGACAAGAAGAGAAAAACAUCACUAUUCAGGAGAAUUAGUUCAAAACGCGCAAGUGUGGAAAUGCAGCAACCAUUAAGUAUCAGUUGUCCAUUGUCAGCACCCAUACUACCCAGCGACAGCAAACCUCCACUUAUGAUGGCAGCAGGAAUUUGUUCUCCGUCCAUGGUAACACCGAGUCGUUCAUUCCAGUCGUUCACACGGUCGUUACCACCACAACAAGAAUCCUCGCCUUACUAUGCAAGUGGUGUUCCAAAAUCAGUCUGCACUCCGUCCCCACCGACGGCAAGCCGUCCUACCACAGACUCUUAUCACUCGACAGGCACAUCCAGUCCGUGUUCAAGUCCAAGCUCAUCGUCCCCCGGCUCAAGUACUUCUGUUGGUAACAUAAGCAGCCUGUCGAAUCAGUCGCACUAUCAGCGGCCAAGUACUCUUCACGGUCUCAAGCACAAGCUUCACACGGCUGCGAAAAAUAUACACUCACCAAAUCGUAGGAAAUCAGUCGGUCAUAUUCCAUUAUCACCAUUGGCAAGAACUCCAAGCCCUUCACCGAUUCCGGCCAGUCCCACCAGGAGUCCAAGUCCAUUGGCGUUUCCUACGGGGCAUCAACCGGGCAGCUCUAACACCACUCAGUCGUACAGUCCAGGAGUAUCUUUAUCAACUCCAGCGAGUCAAAAGAAAACAUAUGGUCGUCCAAAAUCAGCUGAGCCUGGCUCUCCCCUUCUUCGUCGUGCUCUGAGCCCGGAUCGUCUGCAUCCCCGUUCCGCAGAGAACAAGACUUCCAUUUCUCCCCUGGCGAACAGUGUGGUCCGUGUAACACCACGUGUCACAAUCGCCCAGACAUCUCAUACAGAAUCAUCCGAGGAAAUUACUGCAGAGAGCGCCUCCAAAGAUCCUCACGAGUCCAAAUCCGACAGUAAAAAAUCAGUAGAUCAAAAGCCAAGUGAAUACUCAAAAAUGUCUCACGGUAUUUCCAUAACCAUCCCGAGUGUGGGGCACUCAAACACCUGUGGUUCCACGCAACUGCCGAGGAUCGCCGAGGAGAAGGACUCACCCACGGGAGUGAAGGGCGAGGACUAUCCAAAGGACACAGAGAAAACUCUCCCCCCGCCCGUCGAGGAGUCAAAAGGGUUCUCGACUCCAGAGAGCAGUGGCUCUUCAGACUCCACAACAACAGUAAUUCCAAAUAGAUCCCUCCCAAAAGUCACUCCUCGUCCAGAAACUGAGACUCAGCCUUCAAAAAUCGACCCAAAACUCGCUACAAAGGGCAAAGUAGUUGAUCAAAGCCCAGACUCUCGAAAAAUCCUGAAACGUUACAAAGUCGACACCCCCGAAACACCAACGUUCUCCAAAGUUGAGAGAUCCAGUUCACUCGACGACAAGAAGACUAAAUAGUGUUUACAGCGUAUCGUUGUUGUUUCGCGCUUUUUCAAUGCUCGAAAGCAGAAAUCAUUGCCCUCUGAUGUGCCGAGAAAUUAAUUUAAAGCUUCCAAAAGUCUCAUGUCUGUCUCCUACCUUCUCCGAUAAUUUCUUCUCAUUUUUCCUCAUUCAAUGUAAAUAUUUUUUAAGACCAGCGGUUAUAGCUCGUCCAUUGCACAGGCUGAAGGAAAUGUACAUAAUCAUUGGCAUUGAUAUAAAUCAGAAAACCCAAGUGAAAUUAAACGGACACUGCAUUCCGAAAGAACUAAUGGAGUUACGAGCACACAUUGUCUAUCUUCUCUCAAUUUAAAAUUUAAAAUUACUAUCACUAUUGAUAAUUUAUAUUAUUACGACUACAUCAAGCAUCAUCGUUCGCAGUAUUUUUCACGAUCUCAUUCAGUUUUUCAUCUUCGUUUUUUCAUCGUGACUUUUUCAUUCACUUAUUUGUUACUCAUGAAGGGCGAAACUUUUUGAAUUUUUAGUCGGUAGCAUGGUAGAUUUUAAGUAAUCGAGGGCAGUUAUUGGUCGAAAAUGCGAUUUUCAAUGGAUACUAGUUCUAAAACUAUUUAUUUAACUCAUGAAGAAGGAGAAAUUGCGGCGAUUUGUUAGGCUGCCAUUCGGAAUCACUGGAUUUCUCUCCGAUUUCAUUGGAAUUGAAAAACUCUUCUCUACAUAUUUGUUCGUUUCCUCAUAGAGAGGAGAGAGUUUGUAAAUUAUUUUGGAGGAAUAAUGAGCUCAUGUUUGAAUGGACCGACGAUCAUUCCGUGAGAAUUCGCCUGAAAAUUCACUCAUUGCGGACAAGUUGAUGAUCGUUGAUGUUCAUUAGACAUUAAUGAGAUUACGAUAAGACGUUUCAUUUAAAAUGGGCUGCAUUAAUUAACAAAUUAAUUGGUCUUAUUGCUCACUAUCGGUGUAAGCUUUUUUCAUCGAUCAAUUCAGAAUUAAUCGAGUAUGCACACAUCGAAAUUUUUGUGGAGAGAUAAUCGUAAAACGACUGCAGAUAACUAUCUUAGUGUUUUAAACUUUAGAUGUUGAUUAUUAUGGAUUUAUUUGUAGUAACUCUGCAGACGUUAGUAAUUUUCUUUCCUUUUAAACUCGUGAUACUUGAUAUAGACUUUGAGUUUGGGAAUUCCUCACGGUGUUCAGGGGUGAAUUAUAAAUUAUUAUGUGAAGAAUGUUUAGCACGAUAAGCACUAGUGUAACACGAACUUUUUUUGUGGAAAAUAUGACAGGAAAUAAUUCAAAAGUGGAAAAAUGUAUUUCCGUGGGUUCUGUGAUUAAUUCUUCACUUAUAUCGGCAAUGAGGGGUGUUAAUACAAAAGCGAAGUGGCCCUUUUUACUUCAAAUUUCUUUUUUCUUCAGAAUUAUUUCAGGAAUUGGCGAUACGUGAUGAACAUAAAGUCAAAAAAAUUCAUGUUUUCAAAAUCAUUCCUAAAUUCCCUCAUUUCCGUAAUAAACGCAUAAUUAAUAAGAGA